GACUACUACAGUGAUGUUUUGGAGGAGAGCGUGGCACAAGAGGAGGAAUAGGAAACUGUGGAGAAAGAAGCAGAACACGGGAAUGAUUGGGCUUUGAAAGCUGUAGAGCGAUUAACUACAACUGACUGCACAGUAGUAAGAACCAUCUGCAAUGGCACCCAUUAGCAAUGUUGAGACUGCAGCCGUGGACCUGGGUGCCCUUCUGGAUGCAGAGGAUGGCGCCAUUGUGACGAUGAUCGCGGGGGAGACACGGUUGAUGGCGCACAAGGCAGUCCUGUCUGCCAGGAGCCCCGUGUUGGCUGCCAUGUUCCAGCACGACAUGCUGGAGGCCAGCAGUGGCCAAGUCACUAUUCCAGACGUGGAAGGCGAAGUACUGAGGCAGGUGCUGACCUACAUGUAUACGCUUCAGGCCCCCAAGCUGCCCAGCAUGGCCCCCCAACUGCUGGCAGUCGCAGACAAAUACUGCUUGUCAGCCCUGAAAUCUUUGUGUGAGCAGCAGGUGAUUGCACAGCUGGCCGUCGACAACGCAGCGGCCGCAGCUGUCCUCGCUGUGAGGUACUCAUGUCAGAACCUCACUGCGGCCGCCAUCGCUUUCGUGAAGGCCCACACGCACAAGGUAUUGGCCACACAGUGUUGGGCAGAUGCAAUGCGGAACCAGCUUGAAGAUGUGAUUGAAGUAACUAGGCUACUCGCUGAGCCAUCAGCGGAAACCAGCAUGCUGGCCGCUACAGGGAGCACCCCCACCUCCAACUCUCAGUUUCACAGCGACCACAGCCAGACUCGUGUCACCACUGCACUACCCACAGCUCCCAGCCAUACUCCUCCGCCGGACGAUGCCAUCGUCUCUCGCAUGAGGAGUCUUCCUCCAGAAGAGAAAGGAAGGAAGCUGAUCGAGUCAGCUCGGGUGGGUGCAGUGCAAGAGCUGCGGGCACUGGUGGCAGCAGGGGCGGACUUGAAUGCUUGGGACGAGGAGAAGAGGACUGCCCUGCAGUGGGCAGGAAUGGGUGGACACGUAGAGGCAGUGAGGUCUCUACUGGAGGGUGGUGCCGAGGUAGGGAUCAGGAAUAUAAGGCAGAACACGCCUCUUCAUGCAGUUGCAGAUACUGGCCAUGCAGCUGUGAUUAGGCUACUGACAUCAUAUUCUGCAGACGCUAACGCCAGAGGUAAUUUGGGGAGGACACCGCUGCACUGGGCAGCAUACUGUGGUCAUAUUGAGGCAGCAGUUGCAUUGCUGGAGGCAGGAGCCAACAAAUGGGCCAGGGAUGACAGUGGAGCCAUCCCUCGUCAUCUAGCCCGUGAGAAUGGCCACCAGCAAAUUGUUGAUUUGCUGACAUGAAGCUUGAAGUCUCACAAACAUCUGCAGUAAAACAAGUAAAACUUUGCUGUAUAUCUUAUCAUUAUUUUUAAUAUACAGAAUAAAAAACAUUAUCAUCAUUCAU